AUGGAUACUAAGCCGUUGACACCGCCGCUUUUGAUCUCAUGUAGUCAAAUUUCUGCACACGGUUAUUGUGACAAUUGUGGAACUAUACUCGAUCAAGUUAGUUGGAAACAAUGCAAAAUAUGCCAUAAUUUUGAUUUAUGUCGUAAUUGUGCGAAGCCUGCUUUUGAAUUGGAACUUGCAACUCAACGUGAUCAUAAAAAUUAUCAUAAUCGUAAUAAUUAUGAUGAUCCAAAAGGCAACGAAGAUAUGCAUUCUGUAUUUGUUGGAGAGGCUGAAAUAAAUUGGCAUGAACUUCUGAAUAAAAUAAAAGAAUCUCAUUUCCAAAGAAUAAUGGAAAAAGGGAAAAUAGAAAAUGACAUGGAGAUGUCUUAUGUUAUGGCUAUAUUAGAGAAAAAAGUGCCGACAAAAACUGCACCGCCAUCACCGUCUGAAGAAGAACAACGAUCCAAAUUGGGCUCAAUGCUUGUUGAAUACCAUAUACAAGCAUAUAAAAGAAAGAUACGUGUAUUGAGCUUAGAUGGUGGAGGGGUGCGGGGCUAUAUGUCCAUUAAAGUUCUUGGAGAGCUCAUAAAAGAUACUUAUCUGCCUGACAUUGAGGUAUUUGAUCCCGAGAACAAAGAACACCAGGAGAAAUUUAAAGAAGGUCAAUUAAAGUUUACCGAUCAAUUCGAUUAUUUUGUUGGUACAAGUACAGGUGGGCUCAUUGCUUUCUGUUUGGCUACCAAAUAUCCUAUAUUAGAGAUCCAGAAGAUAUAUGCCAAGCCGUCGGCUUAUUUCACAAAAAAUUGGUUGAAUAGUUGGCGUGUAUUUGGUUGGUUGGGAGAUAUCAUGUCUGCCAAAUAUAAUCACAAUAAGAUACACGAACGAAUUGAUUCAAUUAUUGGUGAAAUAUUUGAAGGAAGAUUGGACCAUGGCAAAAAAUUAACAGCUAAAAAUGCUACUUUACUUGAUUUACACAAUUUGCUGAAUCCUGAACAUAUGAUUAGUAAUGACGCAUUGAAAAAAAAUCGUCGAUAUCACGGUAGUUCUUUAGAAUUCGUGGAUGAUAAACUGUCGACGACAGAAUGUAUAGAGGCUCAUAAGGGUAUAACAGCUCAUCGUGUCACACGUGAAAAGGUAUUACUUAUUACUGCUUACAAUACAACAACAAGUAGCAUUACCGUAUUUAAUACAAGUUUUGCUGAACAUUGGCAGUAUCUUAUAGCAGAUGUGUUAAAGGCUACAAUGGCUGCUCCUACUUACUUUCAACCAUGGUCAAUCCCUAAGGGAAUAAAAGAAAAUGGUAGUUUUGUUGAAGGUCCUAAACCUCAUGAUGUAUAUAUUGAUGGAGGUGUGUUUGCCAACGAUCCAGAAUUAACAGCAUUAUGGGCAAUACGAAUGCAAUGGAAAAAAAUGGUCAAUUAUCGCAUACUUUCUAUUGGUACAGGAUGUUAUAAUCCAGAAUUAUCAUCGACAAGCUGGGGAGGUGAAAAACCAAAGCCAUGUGAAUAUGCUGACUGUUCGAAAGCAUUUAGUAAUUCAUCAGAUCGAACACAAUAUAUUAAACGAACACAUUUAAAUAAAAAAACAUAUAAAUGCCAAAUUCGAGGUUGUCGUAAAUCUGAUACAGAUUCAAGUUCAUUAAGAAAACAUGUUGAAUAUAUUCUGGCCAAUGAAUUAUCACCAUCAAGUAGUUUUUGUGUUAAUGCAUUAUCAGAUGAUAUUCAACAAACACCAAUAUCAAAUCCUAAUCCUAAAAUGACACAUUUACUUUAUCUUUGUCAAACACUUGAAUAG